UGAUAUGAUGUGGUUUGUGUUAAUGUAAAAGCAAUCCAGAAAAUAUCAAAGCAAAACUGAUGUCUUUCUUAUAUGAGUAGUACUUUAUUUUCAAAUAGUAGAAAUCAGAGAUGUUAAAGACCUUUUAGGUUAUCUACUUAAAAAUACUCCUGUCUAUAGUGAUGGGCUUGUGGUUUUUGGGGGGAGGAGUGGUACUUUUGAAUGUCUCAAACAGAAUGUGGUUUCUAACAUUUCCUUUGGGAGAACCAAUUUCAUAGUUUUAUAGAAAUAUUUUUUGAUACUCAGACUAAUUUUGUACUACUUUAUUUAAUGAGACACUGGAGAAUGACUUAGGCCCCUAGCUUUUAGAAACCUUUUAAAGAACAUCUGAUGAUUAUGGCUUGUCUACAGUUAAAAUGUUGCACCGCUGUAGUGUUUCAGUGAAGACACUAUUUGCAUCAACUGGAGGGCUUUUCCUGUUGACAUACGGUAAAUAUUUAUACAGAAUGUCGGUGAACUCAUUAUUUGGGAAUAAGAAGAGAAAUAGCUCCAUAUUAUAUGGUGUGGAUCAGGCACAGAUUAUGGCUUCGUCUUCUGUUUAUCGAGAAUCCACUAGUCAAGGAUGUAUCGGGAACCACGGAGAUGGCUUUCCUCCAAACAAGCGUUACAAAAGCUUUGAGUCAAAGUCCAAACAAACAGAAGAUCCUUUUGAAGACAAUGAUGACUUCACAGCUGAUGAUUUGGAAGAAAUAGAUAUAAUUGCCUCACAGGCUUUAUCACAAGUUCUAGACUCAAAUACUCAUUCUAGAACAACACACAUCCAGAAACCUGAGCAGAAUGCUAGACCAUCCUUAACCCCUAACAACACCAAUCAAAAGUCUUUGAAUAUUGAACAAUGGAGUGUUGCCUCUAGUGCAGAAAAAGAUAUGAAAGACCAGUUCGGAAAUGGCACUGAAGAUAUUGGAAUUAAAGACACAUUUGGAUUUGAAGUACUGCAAACACAACAUGAAGAAGUUAAGCAAAAGCUGAAAGAAAUACAGGAUGAAAUCCUUAUUAAAAAUGGAGAAAUUAAAAUUUUGCGGGACUCAAUGCUGCAGAUGGAAUGCACUUUGGAGGAACAGAGAAGAUCAUACAUGCUAUUGGAAAAGGAAAAAGAUCAGACACUAAGUGAAAAAGAAAAGGAGUUCUCUAAAAAGUUACAGUCAUUGCAGUCAGAGUUGCAGUUUAAAGAUGCUGAAAUGAAUGAAUUGAGAGCAAAACUUCAGAACUGUGAAAGAACUAAGCCUGUUAAUCCGUCAGUUACAAAUGCCAGCCCUAAGAAGAGUCCCUCCAGAAUUGUAAAAUUGGAAGGAUGUUCUCUUCAGACUGGAAAAAAAUCUUUUCCUACAAAAGAGACUUUCAGCGCUGACAUGUCCCUUAAAGUAUCCUGUUCUGCAGCAAAUUUGCCUGCUGAGACUUCUUUGAACAAGGAGGACAGUAAGACCCCGUGUCCUGAAACUGAACUUGUGACGCAAGAAGUGAUGGAGAGAAAUGUGACUUACAGUUUUGUUCAAAGACAAAACUCCCAAGGUUCUUUGUUACUAAAUGCACUGAUGAAACAGCCUAUUGCCCCUGGGUCAUUACUAGGACUCUGUCAUCUUCUUAGCAGCAACUCUGAAGUGCUACCUGGGUCUGUCUUGCAGCCUAACUUUUUCAACACAGGAUCUACAGGAAUAUCCAGCAUCAGGACAACUUAUUCUCAGGAUGGAACUCCUUCUUCUAUUGCUGCUUUAAGAGAAGCUCAAAAACUUGCACUAAUGGCAUUGAACUUGAUUGCUAUGGAUGAAGGAUCAUCCGAGGGAGACCUGGCAGAAAGUGAGAGUGGACUGUUCCUUCUUAAACGCUUUAAGAUCCCAGGUGCAGUGCAUCUUCUACCUCUAGUGGAAUACCAUAUCAGUGCAUACUGUCAAGCUCUGCAGUUGUCUUCAAAGUCAAGAAACAGUCCUGAAAAUCAAUCAGUUAGUUCUUCUAGAACUAACUCAAAUAUAAUAUCAAGUACCGAGGAUUUUAGAUCUACUCUGCAAGAGACUACAAUUACAUCUCUAGGUGUUCUUUAUUACUUGGUAUAUUACAGCUGGGAUGUUGUUUAUACAUUACUAUCUUCUGAAGUGAAAAAAGUGUCUGAGAUGGAGAAGAACAUGGUGUGCAAUAAUCAAUCUGAUGAUAAAAAAGAAAAUUCCAGACCACAAGGCCAAACUGGAGAACUACAAGAUGCUGCUAAUAAUGACCAAUCCCAACAUUCUUUGUUUAAAAAACUGCUUCAGCUGUUAGCUUUGUCUUCUACAGCAACAGGUUCCCAGACAGACAGUAUCAUGAAUCAAAGCCUAAAGGUUUUGGUGAAACUAGCUGAGAAUUCAACAGUUGAGUUACUAAUAAGUUUUUGGCAUUUGCUAACUAGCCAGAUGCUGCUUCGCUGUGUGUGUCCUGAGACCCCUUUGUCUGCUGUCCAUCUGACUGUGCGGCUGUUGGCCAUGCUUAUUCAUCACAAGAAGCUAGCUGCUCAACUUUGUUGUCAUUCAGAAACCUGUCUUCUUCUUGCACUGUACAUGUAUAUUACUUCAAGACCAGAUAAAUCCGCAUCUGAAAUGCUUUGGCUUCAGCUGGAACAAGAGACUGUUAGAUUCCUGACUAAGUGUGUGUGCUGCUCCAGUCCAUCAAUUUUACUACUUGGUACAGAUUGCCAGUGCAGCCUCGAGGUAGUCAAGGCGCUUAUUAUAAUGUUGCAUAGACAAUGGGUGAAGGUUAGAAGAUCUGAGAGCAACCUGAGUGCAUAUAGAGAACGAAUUAUUCAGUUUUUACGGGACACUGUUUUGCUCUUACAUAGUCUAUCUCAAAAAGAUAAACUGUUUCAUGAACAUUGCCUGGAAGUUCUCCAUCAAUAUGAUGAAGCCAUGCCUGGUGUCAGAGCCAUCCUCAAAAAAACUCCAAAUUUGAAGGCCUCUGAAGAGCUGGCUUUGGAUGAGUUGUAUCCUCCUGAGCCAGAAGUAGAUGAUCAAGAAAUGGACUGCAGCUAGUAAUUCAGCAAUAAUCCACCCUCAUCUGAAUUCUUGUUACUUAGCUUUGUUACCAAUAUACAUGUGUGAAAUAUAACCUGUGUGUGGUAAACUUUUAAAUUAAUGGUGUGCUAAAGAUUAAUUACUGUCACUUAAGUGUAGCAUGACUCAAAUAUAAAAGUUUGAAGUUUUUUUGACUAUUUUACUUACUUGCCAGCUAAAUUUAGCAUAAUGUAUUUUGAUAUCAAAAAUCUUUUUGAUACUAAGAAGAGAAUUAAACUUAAAUCUUGUUUUAUUACGUAUUUUUGCAGUGUGAAAAUACUUAACUUAUAAGUGACAUGGAACUAAACUUGGCACAAACAUGCUGUGAAUGAAGUGAAAACUUCAAACUGUCACACUUUCCAAUUAACUGUAAUUAAGUCUUUAUGGUGUUGAAUGUACGGAGUCUCAAGAUCAUUGUAACUUUACCACGCAAGACUUUUUUUUUUUUUUAAAGUGUGUUUUUUUUCAUAUGCUAUUUUUAUUCAGUGUUUUGUCUAAAUGACUGCAUUUUGUGUUUGACAGACUUCAAGAAUUUGCUCAUUCUUAUAACGGUAGUGACUUUAGUACUCUGAUUUUAAAAUAUAUGUAUUGCAUUUACAUAGUUGACAACUUUUGCCUUGAAAAAAGGGUAUUAAAACCUACUGUGCCCCUGCA